GGCGUGGGCGUGCGUGGCCGGCUGAGUGCCUGGCGGGUGCCGCGUGGUGCCAGUCUCUGCGUUGCCACACUCCUCGCCGGCGGCACCACCAUCCCGCGGCCUGCCAGCAGUGCCUCGCCGGGACGCGGGUGUCAGUGCGCGGGGCGAGGCGGUGGCGUUGUGAUUACUGGACACGCGGCGACGCUCACGCUCUCAGUGCUAGUGGAGGGCAGCACUUCCUUACUGAAGGGUAGCGCUUCCUUCAGGACGAUAACGUCACAAGUUUAUUAUUGCUCUUGUAUAAAAGUAUUGGUUUUAUCUCGAUUACACCAACAGAACUUGCUAUAUCCUUAGAGCAGCAGAGGAAUCACCAUCACUCCGCUGAAAAAAAAAACAACUUACGAUACAAGAACUGACAGCGUGGCAGACUGAACAUAGCUACACUGCCAAUAACUACCACUAAAAAAGAAGAAAAACCUAAGAAAAAAUAACUCAAACUGUAAGAUAAAAACUGCAAGCACAGGAAAGAAAUAAAGACAUAACAGUACCCUACCAGACAUUAAUAUAAGCGAACAGUGCUGGCUUGUCUCAGGCAUCGGGAAUUAUAGUACUAGGUGAACGCUUGACAGUGGAGGGAAGCAGAGGGGUGAAGAUACAUUAGUCACCCCAUACACUGAGUGAGUGCUUGGAGUGUCUCACCUGUACUACUAGUGUGACUGGGAAACACGUGCGCACUUCCGGAAAAAAACAAAACAAAACACCUGAUUAACUCUCCUAGAAACUACACACUUGAAAAGAAAAAAAAGAUAAAUAAAGGAAAAGAAGCUGGUGUUUAUUUAGUGUCACUUCAUCUGUUGUCUCCAACCAUUCUAGUAGUGCUUGGGUGACUUACUGCAGCCCGGCACAACCCAGCCCAGCCCAGCAAAACACAACUCAUCCCAGCAAAUCUCAACUAAUCCCAUCCUAUUUUAACUCAGCCCAUCUUAACCAACUCCAGUUUAUCCCGUAUUUACCCAGCCCAUCCCAUUCUUACCAAGCCCACUUACUAACCGCAGUCUAGGCCAUCUUAGACCACCACAUCUAAACCAAACCCUGCCCAGCUCAACCCAGCUUUAUCUAGUCUAACCUUACUUAACUAACCAGCCUUCGCCAACCACAACUCAGCUUCAUAUCACGGAGGAGAAAUUAAGACAUAAACACGCACAACUUUCAUUCCCCAAAAGAGUUCGUGAGUGACCUUGAGACGGAGAAAAGCAAACAAAGUGAGAUAAAUAAAGAGUGGCCCUUUUUUGUGGAAACUGGUCGCUGGCUGAUGUUGCCCUUGAUAAACUGAGGAGGUGAGAUUUAAAGGGACACUUUCCUCCAAGACCUUGUGGAUCUAACGGUACCAAUUACCAGAGGAGACAGGAUGGAGCCACGUGGACGCCCAGUGAGUAGUGUGUGUGACAGAAAUGAAGCCCAUGUGGUUUGUCUAAGGGCGUAAGCAGGAGGCGGGCAAGCAGGCGGGAUAGCAUCAAGCCAGCCAGCCAGCCAGCCACCAAGCCACUCAGUAAGCCAGUGAGCCGAAACGCAAGCUACACUUAACCACAGACACGAUGCACACUCUGCCGCGCCACGAUCUGUGUUAUUGGAAACCCCGUAACUUCGUCUUGGCGUGUCAUCUCUGAGGCAUGAAAAUCGACAUGACAAACGUGAGCCGGGACGAGGGUGAAGGCGGCGUACCAGGAAGCAUGGAGGUGGUGGGUGUGGGCGCGGAGGGCGUGGUGGAUGGCGUGGUGGAGAAAGAUCUGAGUCCUGAGAUCCAGUACAUGGGCCACAUCGCCUACAGCGUGGUGGCGCCAGUCAUUAUCAGCUUCGGCAUCCUGACCAAUGUACUCAACCUAGUGGUGCUGAGUAGACCUUCCCUCCGCGGCCCGACCUUUAAGUACCUUAUGUGGCUGGCUGUAGCGAACCUUCUGGUGUGCGUGGUGCUUCUCCCCUUCACUCUGCACUCACACGCCACGCCAGUCCCUUACGCCGCCGCUCUCUACUUCGCCCACAUCGAGGUUCCUGUGGGCAACGCGCUCAUCGCCUCCAGCGUGUACAUCGUGGUUGGCCUCAGCAUUGACCGCUUCGUAGCAGUGUGCUACCCCCGCACUUAUCGCAACCUGCACAGCCACUACGUCGCCUCCGUCAGGAUCGCCUUCUCUUUCAUCAUCGCCUUCAUUAUCUACAUUCCUAUGGCGUUCUAUAAGAUGGUGGUCCCAUCAGGCAUGUCUCCUGAUCGCUUCUUGAUCAAGGAAAACGUGCAGGUGGUGUCGACCAGGUGGUUCGUGGUCUAUGAAUACCUCCUGGAGAUCUGCGUCAGGUUUGCACCGGCCGUGCUGCUCGGAGUACUCAAUACGUGGAUCAUCAUUGAGUUCAAGCGCAUCAGUCGACGUCGUCUUCUGCUGUCACGUGGCAUGAGCUGCGAGGUGUCUGCCAUUCCCUCCCAGUCGUACUUCGAGGGCAACGUCAAUUCCACCGUGGUCAAUCCCUCCCCCACUAACGGCCAGGUGGAAAAGAACACUGAACAAACAGCACCAGUAAUGAUCGCACCCUCUUCUGACUCACCUUUAGACGACAAUCCCAACGCUGUCACCAAUGUUGUACAACCCAGCCACACAGUCCCCUAUAGUGACAGUUACACUCUAGAGAAGGAGGACACCAUGGUAGAUCCCCAAGGCCUCAACAACAACAAUGGGCAUGUAGUGAGCGGGAAGUGCACCCCUGAGGGUGCCUCCACCCCGGUAGUGAAUGGCUACAGACCGGUGCUGACGGGGGAGGAUGUUGGCAGCUCCAAGAACUCAUCUAUCAACCGAGGCCAAGAGGAGACCAUUGUUCUCUCCGCCAUAAAUGUCUCAGCGGCGCCGGCCCCCGUCCCGCCGCCCCGGCACGGCAUGAGCGAGCGGCGCCACGACAUGGAGCGGCGGCUAGUGCUGCUGCUCGUCUCCAUCAUCGUUGCUUUCUUCAUUACCAACAUUCCCGCCGCCAUCCUCUCGCUCACCUUCAGCGACGACAAGAGGAAAGACCUCAACUUCCAAAUCUUCCGCGCCAUCGCCAAUAACUUAGAGUUUCUUAACUUCGGCCUCAACUUCAUUCUGUACUUUCUCUUUAGCAAGGACAUUCGCAACGCCUUCACGGCUCUGCUGCGCCGCACCAUGGACAGGCUCAGGGAGGGACUGGAGGGCUCGAGUAACAAGUACGGCGCCACCAAUCUAUGAUAAAUUGGCGUCCCACCUUCCCUUGCUCGCUCUCCCUCCGCCUGAACCUGCCAGGUGCUACACGUUACGUACUGUGAGACAUUCCAAUAAUACUAUUGACUAAUUUUUUAUUAUGCCUAAUCUGUGGCUGUCGACUGUGUCUGCCCAGAUUUAGUACAUGUUUGAAGUCAGAUAGUUGUGCUUGCUGUGCUGUUGUCGUUAGGGACAGUGGCAGGCGUCCACAUGUGGAGCAAGACUUCAUUCCCCUGUUCAGCGCCUCCUCUCAUCUCGAAAGAGGAAACAGUAAUCAAGUGCAGCGAUUUUCACCAGUUAGUUGCACAUUCUUCUUCUUGUUACGCUAACAAUAUUUCCCAUGCAUCCGUUUUGUCAGAUGUUUUAGUCCCUCAGGUCACUCACCUGCCACGUGUUCCUUCCCUUUGUUGUGCAUCUGUUCAGCCAGGUGUUUGGCGUUGCUUAGCAGGUGUUGUAAGUUUACGAAAUACUCAUUUGUAUGAUGAAAAUCGGUGAUUCUCAGUUGACAAGUGUUUAGCUUUUAACUUUUAUCAAGUCGUAGAACAAGAUGUAGAUUUAUUUUAUUUUCUCAGUGACUUUUGGUUACAUAAUGAAAGACAAGUUAAGGGCAAGUAUAAAAGAGCCCAAUUCUGUGCCCCAUUAACGUAGGAAAGUAAGAAAAUAUUAAAUGUAUAUAUUUUUGUACACAAAUAUCAGUAGCGUAGAUCGUAUAAUGUCUAAGAUUUUCAAAACGAGUCUGAAGGGCUGAGUGGCUGCCUUGUGACUCCUGAGACGUAGGGAGAAACCAGGGAGGGUCGUAAUUCAUCGAAACCACUUGUAAUGGAGGAAGAAUUUUAUUCCUCGGUUUACCUUCGUCCUACCUGCAGCACCCCUGGAGUGGCAGGCGUCUUUCUCGUUCUUGUGACUCGAUGAAGCUGUCGGCGUAGUGUUAUCAACUCAUGUAUGUAUACCGAGUUCCAAUAUAAUUUUUUCUCGGAGAUACGAAAUCGAGUUUAUUCCACGACUGCUACAUUUGGCCUAACAUUCAUACCGAGCUGUGAUACUCUUUCGUAAACAACAUGGCGGAGAGUUUUCCACGCUCGUGCGUUUUGUCUGAAAAUUUGAUCCCGUCGCCAUCCUUUUGAAAUGGUAAUGCACGGCCUCCAGCCUUCUUCCUUCGCUCGUUCUUCAGCCUGUUACAUUGCCUUCCCUCAGAGGUCACCUUCACAACUCCCAAGCCACGGCACGGAGCGACGUACGUGAAAGUUUGUAAACACUCCCGUCUCUCAAAUGAUAACUGCACUAAUGCUCCUCGACUGUGUGUUGCAGUGUCUUGUGCAACUGAACGUCUGUGUUGUUUUAUGAUGCGACUCUCCAUAUUAAGCUGCUUACCUUAGGCCCUGUAGUCUCCUUGGUUGUAAACAUAUGCUUUCCUCUCCGUGUUUCUGAAGUCAGCGCCUCUCCAUCGCAGCAGAAAACGUCGCUCAAAUCACAAGCCACACCGCCGCUCUAACGCUCCUGGCCUCGCGUCACUUGGUGUUGGUGUUGACUGGUGUAGUAAUUUAUUCGCAUUUAUUUACUUCACACAAAGGGCAGUUUUACUUAAAUCUUUCUACCUUUACUACUGUGUGAAGUGCUAUUGAAACAGGAGUGUCAGUUUGCAGUGUGUGUGUGUGUGUGUGUGUGUGUGUGCGUAAGUCAAGCUAUAACCUUCAGCCGCCUUACACAAAUUUGUAUCGAUAACUUUUAAAGCCUAUAAAUUAUGGACGAUGGAAAAAGAAAAAAAAAAAAAUAUGUCGAUAAUCUAAUAUUUUUCCAAGAUUCACGAUUAAACUGAAUUAGCUCACAUCAUGGCGAGACUGAUAUAGAUGAUUGAUCCGCCUCUUGCCCUUGGUGGAGUUUGGCACUUGCCCAGGGACCAUGACACACACUGGCCGUCACCCGCCACGCGUCACCAGCCACUCCCCGGUCUCCCCGUUUUCCUCUCUCAUUAGGUUGAUUUCAAAAGCUAUAGGAAUAAUUAAUUGAGUUCUCUUGAGUGUUCCUUUUGGUUUGAUUAUACAGAAUCCUUAUUACACUAUCAUUAGAAGCAUAAAAAGACUUUAAAAUCUCACAUAUUUUUACUAGAGCUUGUUGAAAGUGGUCAAGGCAAAGCACUGAAACGUUCAAGGAUGCAGACCCAAGACCUGCCACACUCCAAGCCCCAGUUACCGUCACAGCCAUCGUUAUAACUAAUACUAUAACCAAUACUUGAACCUUCCCCGUUCUGCCGUAACCCUGACAACCCUGACUCCCUUGCUGGCCCAUACGUCAAUGAGUUGAAAAAAAACGGUAACAAACGGCCACUCCCUCAUGAUGUUUCUCUCGUUAAACUCCAUUGCUCUCCGCGUCUGUGAGUCGUAAGCGGAUCAAGGAGAGUUAAGGAAGUCUCUACCUCUCUCUGUUAUUUCUUGUGGUUCUCCUUCAGUUUGCGUGUCUAUUUAUAUGUCUGUCUUUGAUUAUAUAUGUCUUUCUGUCUGUUUCUCUCUAUCUAUAUAUGUUUGUUUGCCUUUGUGGUUGUGCUUGUCUGUCUACUAGAUUUCUCUCUCUCUCUCUCUCUCUCUCUCUCUCUCUCUCUCUCUCUCUCUCUCUCUCUCUCUCUCUCUCUCUCUCUCUCUCUCUCUCUCUCUCUCUCUCGUAUUCUGAAGCGCUUCGGGCUCUCAUAAGAAUACUUUUCAAAGGGCACAAGUAAUAAAUGGGAUUCUUUAGAGUUUUCUCCACAGAUGAUGUAGAAUCCUUGCUAAACUGUCACUUGAAUCACGAAAACUACUGAAAACCUCAGGACAUAUAAGAAAGAAAAUAAGGGAAGCUGCAACAAGCCAUCAGGCCUACACGUGGCAGUCCCUGUAUGUUCAAGUAGAGCAGUGGUUCUUAGCCUUUUUCAAUGUAUGCACCCCUUUUCAGAUCAGCAGUCACUUCUCGCACCCCCUGAAUUCCUGAAAAAAAAAAAGCUAAAAUACAAAAUUGGUGUGCUGUGUAUUAAUAACAAAACCACUUUUUUCUUUUUUAAUCUUCACUCACAAAGCUUACAGAACACUGCUGUACCAAAAAGAAUUAUUAUUAUUAUUAUUUUUUUGCUGAAAAAAAUACCGCGUAUAUAAAACUAUAUUUUGCUUUAAUUAUCCAUCCUCACACUCCUUAGGAACUGGCCUCGCAUCCCUUAGCGGUGCGAGCACCUCUGGUUAAGAACCACUGAACUAGAGCGUGUUAAAAUUCACGAUAAGACGGUAGCCAUGCAAUACAGCUCCAAAAAUACUAGUUAUCUUAAACUCGAGAAAUGCACCUCCUGAAUCAGACUUAAGGAACGCACUAUUGCAUCAAUGUGUUUAAUUCAGUUUUCUCAUGAAGGUCUAUAGCUUAAAGGAUUGUGAAGGAUUUGAGAGUUUAAUUGGGUUUUCCAGCUUCAGUUUGUGAUUAAAUAUGGAUUAGCUCUCUCGAGGAAGUGAAGUCAAUAACUACUCAACUCAAGGCAUUGGUGGCGCUUGGCUGCUGCCCAGAGAGAGAGAGAGAGAGAGAGAGAGAGAGAGAGAGAGAGAGAGAGAGAGAGAGAGAGAGAGAUUGAAGUGACCUGCGGGAUUAGCUUCAGGGUCAUGACGUAAGGGAAGGGAGGCAGGUAGGUCAGACCGAUCAUGGCCACGGAAAAAAAAAAAAAAAAGGCAAAAAAAGAUAUCAACUGAGGGCGUGUUUCUCUUUGAAGAGAUUGACGAGGAGAGGAAAAAAAAGUGGCCGUUUGCGAAGGUUAUCCAAUUUUGACACGUUGCCGCACGUUUCUGAUCGACCAAGGAGCUCCUUUGCUGCCGCAGCCUUGCUAAACCUCUCUCGCUAAACGUCAGUCACACCACCACCACCACCACCACUGUCAUAUCCAGCGCUGUGCUUAAACGUUUUAAUUUUAAUUUUCAAGUGACCAUAGUGGAGGUUAUUAAGGAUCUUCAGAGAGGUUUUCAUGUCUCUAAGAAAAGUUUAAUAAGGAUUCUGCGCUAUCAAAGAGAAAGAAUAUUAAUGAGAACCUGGAAAAAAAUGUAUAUGCGGCUUUUGAAAUAGUCUUCACAGUAAACUUCACCACCACCACCACCACCACCACCACCACCAACGCUGUGCUUCAUAAUCUUAAAUAGUUCGGUGCUGUAAACUCAACCACUUUCAGCUGACCGUAGUGGAAGCUGUUAAGGAUUUUUCAAAGAUUUUCAUGAGUAGGAAAAGUUUGAUAAGGAUUUUGUAUCAUCGCAGGAAAAGAUACUAAUGAGAACCUGAAAAAUUAUACCUGUUGCUUGUGAAAGUAGUCGUUAUGAGAGUACAAAGUGACUGUAGUGGAAAUUAAUAUCGAUUUUCAAAGGCGCCAUCAGUGGGAAAAAUAUCUGAGUUUUGAAAAUAUUCUUUAAGAGAGUACAAAGCUUUUCAAUUUGCACCCUAUCAUUAAAGCUUUACAUUAUACAUUUAUAAACAUGAGAUGGACCCACAAGGCAGGAAGAAGGAGUAAAGAAAAGGUUUGAGGAAGCAAUGAAGGAAGACAUGCCAGUGAUGGUUGCAACAGAGGACGCAAAAACAGUAGUGCUGACGGGUUAUCCGCUGUAGAGACCUCUAAAGAAGCAGCUGAGAGAAAACUUAAUCAGCCUCUCUAGCGGAUAUUCUUUGUUAGUCUCGUGCCUGAAUUUCAAAACAAUGCAGUUAAGUUCAAUGCCACAACUACUACUACCUCCAUCACCACCAGCACCGCCACCCACAGUAUAACCACCACCACCAUCACCACCAUCACUGACACCUCAUCAUUAAUUCUACAGCAGACUUUCUCCCUCAACACCCAUCCAACAUCGACCCAAGUUUUCUUCUUCUUCUUCUUCUUCUUCUUCUUCUUCUUCUUCUUCUUCUUCUUCUUCUUCUUCUUCUUCUUCUUCUUCUUCCUCUUCUUCUUUUCUUCUUCUUCUUCUUCUUCUUCUUCUUCUUUCAAAGAACCUUUAUAGCUACUAUAUAGUUUAAUGAUUUUUAAGGAAAUCGAUGUUCCAUAUAAGAAUGAUCCUUUAAUCUCAAAAUGAAGGGCAUGAAAACAUUUGAAGGUUCAGGACUCAUACGUUCGUAGGAGACGAACAAAAUAAUAACAAUAACAAAGUGGUCACGAAACUCAGACACUGUACGUACCAGCGAGAGAUAUCAGCUUGAAAUUAUAAUAAGGAAAAAGGAAAGAAAAAAAAAUGAAAUCUUCGACCCAGAGAUAACUGCUGCUGGCGCCACGUUUUCUUUAUUCUCUCUUUCCUUUCUCUCUCUCGCUGCCAUCCGUGUUCGCUCGCCUCCGUACCAGACGCAAAAGAGAGAGGAAAAAAUCGUAACCCCUGACCUCGUGUGUGUGUGUGUGUGUGUGUGUGUGUGUGUGUGUGUGUGUGUGUGUGUGUGUGUGUGUGUGUGCGCGCGUUCCAUCGCUCAAGCUUUGAUAGCUGUACUCACCGCAAUAUGUUUGAUUAUUUUCAGCAUUAUUGUUAUUUUCAUCUGUUAUUCCAUAGUCAUUGUUUUUAAUAUUUGAAAUCAUGAUUGUUAUGAUCGUUAUUUUUGCUUGUGUUAUAAUCAAUAUUAGUGAUGCCUGAUAAUAUAACAUUGCGUGAGGCCUGAACGUGCGCGGUAGCGAGCCCCGCCUGUGUAGCGGCAGAGGCACAGCAGCCUGCACUAUUCACGAUGGCGCCCCAAGACGCAACAGUGUUCUCAGCCUGCACACGACAGUGGCAUGAGUGUGGCGGUGACGGUAAGCCGCUUGGGGAGGGUCAUGGGAGGACGAAGGGAGGAAAAGUGGAAAAAGGGACUCCUAAUUACAAAUGUGUAUCCUCACUGUUGUUCGUAUAUACGUACUUCUCGUACAUUGUAAAUACUGAUAUGAAUAAUCUAUGACACUGUAACAGAGUACUAUAUUAAAGAUAAUGAAACAAUUUACUUGCUGUUACACGUUAAGCUUGAAGGCGGUGCUCAACACUGACAGUGACCUGACGGUGACCGGAUGGAAGGUGCAGCGCGGGUCACUGGUGUGUUGCGCGGCCAGCCCAACCCUCGCCCCGGGUCACCGCCGGCCGUCACGCGGCGCUGGGCCCUCGCCGCCUGGCCGCGGGGCGCGGGGCGGGAGGCGCAGGGCGGGUCUGCACACACUUUUAUUUUAUUUAUUUAUUUUUUAACCAAGUAUACAUGCAGAUGUGUACUGUACCUGUGUGGAGGUGAGGAGUACAGCCGAUGGUCGUGCGUUUAUUUCAUACUGUGUUCACUUCAUCGAAUGUCACAAGCCUCUUUCCGUCUUAGUGUAGCCUGUUUGUCGCCUGUUUCUCAUUCCACUCAGCCGCCAUCCAGUGUUCUUCCAAGCGUCGGUGGCACUAUGUACUUUAAUAAAUAUUUUUCUUUAA